GUAUAACCUCACUUUUACCAUUUAUUUACAUUAAUACAUCUAGUAAUGUUUAAAACCCUGAUUAAUAAGUUAAUGCCGGCCGGGCAGGCCUGUGGGUUCCACACGACGGCUAGUCUGAGCGAGGUGCGGUUGUUAUCAAGACUGCGAGUCGUCGACAACUCCGAAAUCGGCAAGCGAGCCAUGGCAGAAGGCAAGCCGCCCAAGAUCAUCUGCGUUUAUAACAAAAGACGAGUAGGCUUCAUUGGAGACCGAGUGAUGGUGGCAAUCAAAGGACAAAAGAAAAAGGGCAUCCUAGUGGGUCUGAAGCAAACACAAAAGGUGAAGGUACCCAAAUUUGACAGCAACAAUGUAGUGCUCAUAGAUGACAAUGGCACACCGCUGGGAACCCGUAUUCAUGUGCCCAUCCCAACAAUUCUGCGCACCAUUCUCAAGGAGAGAACACACUCAAAGGGUGCAGAUUACACAAAGCUACUCGGAAUAGCCACUAGGUUUGUUUAAGUUGUUAGUUCUAGUUUGUAAAUAGGUAGUGAUAUUGAAUAAAUCUAUUUGUUA